AUGAUCGAUAUCUCCAAACCUGUAACCACAUCAGAUGCCCUCAUAUACUACGCCGAUCAUAUUCUUGACGAAAUAGACAACCUCGCCAAAGUCGAAUACAACAAAAAAGGUCGCAAAUAUCGAUUUGUCAAUAAUGCAUUUCAACGUAUACGACAAGAAGAUAAACACUUGGUUAUCUGCCCUGAGCAACUAGAUUUAAAACUCUCAUUUUAUUCGGCAUUCUCCAUCUUGAUCAAUAUUGGCGAUAUACUCAAUACACACCCUCAAUUUUGUUGCACCAUCCUUGGCUUGGCUCAAGAAUUGGAAAAGAAUCAUUGGUACGAGGAGGAAAACUCAAGUAUUAUCCAUUUUAGAAAUGCCAAACAUGAUCCAAGAGUGGUCCAACAUGAAGCGGACGCGUUUGUUAAGCAAUUCCCCAUUACACAACAACAUAUCGAUUGGGGGAUUAACUUGAUGGUAUGUUCCAAAUUGAAUUUCUUGCAUACUGAUCAUCAUAUUGGCACUAAAUUGGAAGGAGUCUAUAUGAGACAAUAUGUUGAACAAUACUUUGGAGAAGAAGCAUUAACCUCGCUUGAUGUAUUGGUGGCUUUGAAAAGUUGUGUUCAUUGGGGAAAUAUAAAGGGGAUAUUGUAUAAAUUAAAAGUACCAAAUAUUGACAUAUCGCCACAAUUGAUGGAGAAUUUCGCCAAUUUCCCUGACCCGGAUCAAGAACUUUGUUCAAGUGUGUAUGAUCGAUUCCCCAGUGGUACUUCCAAAUACCAUCUUCUUUACAAAUCAUUGGAUAUGCUAGGUUUAGAUUUCAAGUACUCGCAUUUAAUCACCAUCGACCCCAAAGAAUUCCAAUUUGAAUGGUUAUACAACCUAUGUCACGAUAUCGAAUUUGAUCCCAUCAAGUACCACCUUCGUGCCAAAACCAAACAAUUAUGCUCCAACCCGGUCAACUUAUCGGAACUUGCCAUGAAACAUAAUUCCCGAAUGAAUAAGCUUUUCGAUCUUAUUGCGUUAAUAAUCAAUAUUUUCCAAAACACUGGUGGUGACUACCUACUUCAAAAUUCAAAAAUCCCCAAAUUAGAUCAAAAAUUAAUUGAUCGAUAUAGUAAACUUUAUCAACGGUUUGUUGACCUUGCUAAACAAAUUGAAGCAUACGAAAUGAAAAAUUGGACUCAAGAUGAUAUCAUUGCUCGUUUACAACAAGAUGAUACUAGCAGCGUCAACAAGAGUUUGCAUUCGAUAGUGUCGCAAUUAAAAUAA